AUGACGUCUGAUGCAACAAGACGUGACGACGAAGCACUCCAUCAAAGGCCAAGGAAGAGGGCUAAGUACACACAAGUCGCCUGCAACGAAUGCAAAAGACGCAAGCUGAAAUGCAGCGGAGGCAACACCUGCGCUCGAUGUGCUCGAGACGACAUUUCGUGCAUCUAUGCGGCGCAACGGCCGGUCGCAGCUACGCCAGAGGGUGAUGUCAAAGAUGAUCGGUACGGCCCCUUGAACGAUUCGAUAAACACUAGAUUCAAUGCUGUCAAUCAGCAAUUGGAGGCUCUCCAGCGGGAAAUGCGCACUAUUUCCGCUCGGCUUCGUGAACUCGAGGGAAACAGUCCAGCCGAUUCUCCAAAAUUGUCGGCACGGGGAACUGCUGCGGCUGUUGGAUUACACCGGAUUUUGAACGCUCCCAAGUCGCCUACAUAUGUUGGACCGACAAGUGCUGAGUUUGGGCUCGGUCGCCAGCGUCGGCUCGGUUCCGCGGACAGCAACCAUGGUGAGAAUGGGAACGAUGAUGAGGAAGAGGACUUUGAUCUUUCAACAGCUGCUCCUAGUCCUGCACCCUCUGGUGAACAAUUUGAAGUGGCUUCUGGAGAUCCACUGAUGGGACUGGGUCUGGAGGAGAUCUUGCGUUUGGUUCAAGUUUACGAGGACACUGUUGGCAUCAUGUACCCUUGUGUUGAUCUGGCCAGUUUGCGUACAUACGUCGUGGAGUUCCACCAUCAAUAUGAUCCAGCUAUCGACCGUGGAUCGGGUCGGUUACUGACAGAUUCGGACCAAGAUUGGUUUCAUGCCCGCGAUAUUCAAGUGUUGAAGAUUUUGUUGGCUACCGCCUUGCUUGUCGAAUCUCAUGGUCGAAGUGAGCGUGCAGCGCAGCUGGCGAAUAGCGUCGAGGACCGCUUUGCCAGUCGGCUCAAGGUAGCUGAGGUUGACAUGAAGGAGAUUCUUAUCUUGACACUGCUGUCUAUAUUCCACUCGUAUCGCGACGAUGAAGUCAUCGCCUGGCGAUUGACUGGUAUGGCUGCCCGAGGUAGUAUGGAGCUUGGUCUACACCGUCAGGAUACAUGGCACAAGACAGGAGGAGUGUUUCCGGGUGCGUUAGAGUGGAUGUGGGCAAGUCGGCUUUUUUGGUGCAUCUAUGUUCUAGACCGAAAAUGGUGUUUUGGAACCGGUCUUCCAUUUGCUAUUCAAGAGUCAGACAUGGACACCAACCUGCCGGAACCUGGUCAUUCCACGCCCUACCUGAUGUGUAUGAUCUCGUAUUCACGUCUCAGUACGAAGGUCUGGGGUUUGGUUGUUGGCUGGCCAAACAGGUCACGGGAGGCAACAGCAGAGAGAUGCGCAUUCUUAGAUGCACAAGUUCAGCAAUGGGUCCACUCUAUUCCCCGGGAGUUGCGAUUCGAUCCAACCUGGCGCUCUUCUGCAGGACCAGAACAUACCGAUCGAGCUAUGAUGCUGCAAGUGCUUCUCGCCCUUCAAGCCAAUCAGCUUCGGAUUCUGGUCUAUCGUCAAAACCUCAUGAGUAGUGAGCAGAUCGCGGAAGACCUGUCUGGUGCCUCGACUGCAGUGGAGACGGCUAAGAGUACCGUUCACAUGCUGGAUUACUUUAGCCGUGUCUCCAACGUCUAUUUCCAAUGGCCGGAACCUUUCAACUACUUUCUGAUCUCGGCCCUUGCAGCCCUGUUUCUGGCCGUGCUACAUGCGCCAGCUCGUUUCAGUCAGACCUGCCGACCGGAAUUCUACACGGCGGUUGACAUGGUGCGCCGCUCAGCAACACGGGCUCGCACGUCUAGACGUCUACAAAAGAUUAUCCGCAGCUUGAAGCGAAUCCAGCUUAAUGUAACUUGGCAAAAGAACACGGGAUGCCAGACGUUGGAGAAGGAUUCCCGAGGUUCUCGUUCCAUAUCGGGCCCUUCUAUGGUCGCCGAUUCGAAUUCCGGUGCUUCCCGGUCAAAACAAGUGGAAUCGCGUAUUCUAUGGGAUUCAACUCCGCUAUCCUCUAACGUCGAUUCCCCAUCACUCCAGAAUCCUCCAAGUCUCUAUCAGACCCCUGGAAUGUCCACCCCACAACACUCGUCGGCGACAUUUUGGCCUCUAUCGCCUGGUACAGCUGCGGAAGCAGACUCCAAUGAAUGUGAGGAUCUCAGUAGUUUCUUCGAGAUUGCGGGCGGACUUUAUUUCGAUCCUCGGUCUGGCGCAGACUUUACAACGGGUGUGAAUAUUGAGUUGUCAAACUGCGAGAAUGGGCGGUCACACAAUGCAUUGGGCGCUUUCCAGGCGGAGGAUGAGGCAUUGACACGCGUCAUGGCUGGCUUGCUGUAA